CGGAAUUUGACGAUUCAACCUCACCACGACGACAACACCUAGCCCUCCGAACGCCAGAGGACUGCCAAGAUGGGUCGCGUUAUCCGUAACCAGAGAAGAGGUCGUGGCUCGAUCUUCACGGCCAACACCCGCCUGAACAAGGCCCCCGCGAAGUUCCGCAACCUCGACUAUGCCGAGAGACACGGAUACCUUCGUGGUAUCGUGAAGGACAUCAUCCACGACCCUGGCCGUGGCGCUCCUCUCGCCCAGGUCGUCUUCCGCGACCCCUACAAGUUCAAGCAGCACACCGAGACCUUCAUCGCCAACGAGGGCAUGUACACCGGCCAGUUCAUCUACGCCGGCAAGAAGGCCGCCCUGACCGUCGGCAACGUCCUUCCCCUCGGCUCCAUGCCUGAGGGUACAGUCGUCUCCAACGUCGAGACCAAGAUCGGUGACCGUGGCACUCUCGGCCGUACUUCCGGCAACUACAUCACCAUUGUCGGCCACAACCCCGAUGAGGGCAAGACCCGCAUCAAGCUUCCCUCCGGCGCCAAGAAGGUCGUCCACUCCGAGGCCCGCGGCAUGAUCGGCAUUGUUGCCGGUGGUGGCCGUACCGACAAGCCCCUCCUGAAGGCUUCUCGCGCCAAGCACAAAUUCGCCGUCAAGCGUGGUGCCAACUGGCCCAGAACUCGUGGUGUUGCCAUGAACCCCGUCGACCAUCCCCACGGUGGUGGUAACCACCAGCAUAUCGGUAAGGCCUCGACCAUCUCCCGCUACGCCGUCCAGGGACAAAAGGCCGGUCUUAUUGCUGCGAGACGGACGGGUCUGCUCCGUGGUACCCAGAAGGUCAAGGAAUAAAGGUCAUAGUUUGGCUGGAUUUCAGGGUUCCAUUGGGAUGGUGUUACGCGGCUGGCAUCUUUUGAGGGUACUCGCAAGGGCAGUUCAUCUGGUAGCUCUUCGGCAAGUACUAAAAGGCAUUUUGCGCAUUGAAUGAUCACGCCAUGAUCCCCCCCGCUACAAGAGGGAGAGGAGAACGCCAAACCCAAAUGUGAUGAGUGAGACGCCGGGAGUUUGUGUGGAUGACGAACAAAAAACGGUGUUUGGGACAGCAGCAAAUGGAGUGAGGGGGAAAGUGGCCUUGGAUCUUUCCUCCUAAGCCCGGCUACCAUACGUAGUUGUGGUUUCCUCUUUCAAUUGAUCGAUUCAAAAUUCA